CAUGGAUCUCGAAGGGGAGCUCGGUGGAAAAGCAGGGAAGAACUUCUAUGACCUGGACAAGAAAAGUAAAAAAGAGGAGAAGAAGAAGAAGGAAAAGAAACCAACUGUCAGUAUAUUUACCAUGUUUCGCUAUUCAAACUGGCUGGACAGGUUAUAUAUGGUGCUGGGAACGCUGGCUGCUCUUAUCCACGGAGCUGCACUCCCUCUUAUGAUGCUGGUGUUUGGAGACAUGACGGACAGCUUUGCAAAUGCAGGAAACAUUAGUCAAAGUGGAAACCAAAGCUUCAAUCUGGAGGACGACAUGACCAUAUAUGCCUAUUAUUAUACUGGAAUCGGUGCUGGUGUGCUUAUUGCUGCUUACAUUCAGGUUUCAUUUUGGUGCCUGGCAGCUGGAAGACAGAUACAAAAAAUUAGAAAACAAUUUUUCCAUGCUAUCAUGAAGCAGGAGAUAGGCUGGUUUGAUGUGCAUGAUGUUGGGGAGCUGAAUACCCGUCUCACAGAUGAUGUCUCCAAAAUUAAUGAAGGAAUUGGUGACAAAAUUGGAAUGUUCUUUCAAUCAGUAGCAACAUUUUUGGCUGGAUUCAUAAUAGGAUUUACACGUGGUUGGAAGCUCACUCUUGUGAUUUUGGCUGUCAGCCCUGUUCUUGGACUAUCCGCUGCAAUCUGGGCAAAGAUAUUGUCUUCAUUUACUGAUAAAGAGCUCGCUGCCUAUGCAAAAGCUGGAGCCGUAGCUGAAGAAGUCUUAGCAGCCAUCAGGACUGUGAUUGCAUUUGGAGGGCAAAGCAAAGAACUUGAAAGGUACAAUAAAAAUUUAGAAGAAGCUAAAAGAAUUGGAAUAAAGAAAGCUAUCACUGCCAACAUUUCUAUUGGAGCCGCUUUCCUGCUAAUCUAUGCAUCCUAUGCUCUGGCAUUUUGGUAUGGGACCAGCUUGGUCUUGUCAAACGAAUAUUCUAUUGGACAAGUACUCACUGUUUUCUUUUCAGUCUUAGUUGGGACUUUUAGUGUUGGACAAGCAUCUCCAAAUAUUGAAGCAUUUGCAAAUGCAAGAGGAGCAGCUUAUGAAAUCUUCAAGAUAAUUGACAAUGAGCCACACAUUGACAGCUUUUCACCAAAUGGCCACAAACCAGACAAUAUUAAGGGAAAUUUGGAAUUUAGAAAUAUCCACUUCAGUUACCCAUCUCGCAAAGAAGUCAAGAUCCUGAGGGGCCUCAAUCUGAAGGUGCAGAGCGGGCAGACCGUGGCCCUGGUUGGCAACAGUGGCUGUGGGAAGAGUACAACCGUGCAGCUGCUGCAGAGGCUUUAUGACCCCUCAGAGGGCACGGUCACUAUUGAUGGGCAAGACAUCAGGACCAUAAACGUGAGGUAUCUGCGAGAAAUUAUCGGUGUGGUGAGUCAGGAACCUGUGCUGUUUGCCACCACGAUAGCUGAAAACAUUCGCUAUGGUCGAGAAAAUGUCACCAUGGAUGAGAUUGAGAAAGCUGUCAAGGAAGCCAAUGCUUACAAUUUCAUCAUGAAACUACCUCAUAAAUUUGACACCCUGGUUGGAGAAAGAGGGGCGCAGCUGAGUGGUGGUCAGAAGCAGAGAAUCGCCAUUGCCCGUGCCUUAGUUCGCAACCCCAAGAUCUUGCUGCUGGACGAGGCCACAUCAGCCCUGGACACGGAGAGUGAGGCAGUGGUUCAGGUGGCCCUGGACAAGGCCCGAGAAGGCCGGACUACCAUUGUGAUAGCUCAUCGCCUGUCCACAGUUCGUAAUGCUGAUGUCAUUGCUGGAUUUGAGGAUGGAGUCAUUGUGGAGAGAGGGAACCAUGAUGAACUCAUGAAAGAGAGAGGCGUUUACUACAAACUUGUCACAAUGCAGACAGGAGGAAAUGAAAUUGAUUUAGGAAAUGAAAUUUUUGAAUCCAAAGAUGAAACUGAUAUGCUGAUAUCAUCAAAAGAUCCACGGUCCAGUCUAAAAAGAUCAGUUCGCAGAAGUAUGAGUGAAUCACAUAGCCAAGACAGAAAGCUUAGCAUGAAAGAGGAGCUGAAUGAAAGUGUACCUCCACUUUCCUUUUGGAGGAUUCUGAAGCUGAACUUAACAGAGUGGCCUUAUUUUGUGGUGGGUGUGUUGUGUGCCAUUAUAAAUGGAGGCCUACAACCAGCAUUUGCAGUGAUAUUUUCAAGGAUUAUAGGGGUUUUUACAAGAGAUGAUGAUGAAGAAACAAAACGGCAGAACAGUAACCUGUUUUCUGUAUUGUUUCUAGUCCUUGGAAUUGUCUCUUUCAUUACAUUUUUCCUGCAGGGCUUCACAUUUGGCAAAGCUGGAGAGAUUCUCACCAAGCGAUUGCGGUACCUAGUUUUCAAGUCCAUGCUGAGACAGGAUGUGAGCUGGUUUGAUGACCCUAAAAACACAACUGGAGCUUUGACUACCAGGCUUGCUAAUGAUGCUGCUCAAGUGAAAGGGAUUGCUACUGAAGCAAUCGAAAACUUCCGAACCGUCGUGUCUCUGACCAGGGAAGAGAAGUUUGAACACAUGUAUGGGCAGAGCUUGCAGAUACCAUACAGAAACUCUUUGAAGAAAGCACACAUCUUCGGAAUCACAUUUUCCUUCACCCAGGCCAUGAUGUUUUUUUCCUAUGCUGCUUGUUUCCGGUUUGGUGCUUUCUUAGUGGCCCGGGGUUUCAUGACUUUUGAAAAUGUUCUGUUGGUGUUUUCAGCCAUUGUCUUUGGUGCCAUGGCAGUUGGACAAGUCAGUUCAUUUGCCCCUGACUAUGCCAAAGCCAAAGUGUCAGCCUCCCACAUCAUCAUGAUCACUGAAAAAGUCCCCGCCAUUGACAGCUACAGCACGGAAGGCCUGAAGCCGAAUAUGCUGGAAGGAAAUGUGACCUUCCAUGAUGUUGUGUUCAAGUAUCCCACCCGCCCAGACAUCCCAGUGCUUCAGGGUCUGAGCCUGCAGGUGAAGAAGGGCCAGACGCUGGCCUUGGUGGGCAGCAGUGGCUGUGGGAAGAGCACAACGGUCCAGCUCCUGGAGCGGUUCUACAACCCAUUGGCUGGUACAGUGUUCGUGGAUGACAAAGAAAUACAGCAACUGAAUGUGCAGUGGUUGCGAGCACAGCUGGGCAUUGUAUCCCAGGAGCCCAUUCUGUUUGACUGCAGCAUUGGGGAGAACAUUGCCUAUGGAGACAACAGCCGGACUGUGUCACAGGAAGAAAUUGUGAAGGCAGCUAAGGAGGCCAACAUCCACCAGUUCAUUGAGUCGCUGCCUGAUAAAUAUAACACUAGAGUGGGAGACAAAGGAACCCAACUCUCCGGAGGCCAGAAACAGCGCAUCGCCAUUGCCCGGGCCCUCGUUAGACAGCCUCGCAUUUUGCUUUUGGAUGAAGCUACAUCAGCUCUGGAUACAGAAAGUGAAAAGGUUGUCCAAGAGGCCCUUGACAAAGCCAGAGAGGGCCGCACGUGCAUUGUCAUUGCGCACCGCCUGUCCACCAUCCAGAAUGCAGAUGUCAUUGUGGUGAUUCAGAACGGCAGGGUCCAGGAGCGUGGCACACACCAACAGCUGCUUGCGCAGAAAGGCAUCUAUUUCUCCAUGGUCAGUGUCCAGGCUGGAGCAAAGCGCUAGUGAAAUUGACCAUAUGGGAUCUUCAAUGUUGAAUUGUUGUGUUCAAAAAUGACAUUUCAUCAGAUCAAAAAACAAGCACUGAUUGGAUUAGGUCAUUACCUACUCAACAUUUCCAGUGAUAACUGAAGAUAAUUUCAAGUGCAGCAUCUUCAGAGACUUCAUACUUAAAGGAUCAUAAAUAGAACCAUUAUCAAAUGGGGAGUGGGAAAUGAUUUUGAUCCUAUGACAGAGUUCAUAAAAUGAUUUGAUGCAAGUUUUGAUAAAGUGUAUGAUUUUAUUUAUACUUUGUCACUUGAAUUAUUACUGACUGUUGCAAAAAGAUUAUAUAAUAACAAAAAGUACUGAUAUAUUUGCAAAAAGUGCUACAAUAAAAUUAAACUUUCAUAUGCCUGGGGCCAUUGUCUAAAAUGCAUGUGAGUAUGUGUAUUUUUGCAGUUUGAAUAGUAUAAUCUUGGCUUCCAAAAACUGGAUUCUUUAAAAACACAUUCAUUGCUUUGGACUUACCUAAACAGUUUAAGCCCAUUUCAUUAGGUUUUUCAUGUUUGGUUUUACAGACUCAUCUGACUUCUUUUUUCCAGAACUAGAUCCUGAUGAUUCUUGCAUUUCUGUAUUAUUAUGAAACUUAAACUGUCACACAGAGUCACAUAAUUUGGGA